AUGGUCACUCAGAACAGAACUUGCUUGUCUCAAAGCAAAGGCCACAAAUGCACCGGCUCCUCAACAAGAACGAUUCAUUGUCCCAAACUCGCCUGUCCAGGAGAUGUGUGUGCAUUGGACACAAAAGCGGUGACGAAUCUUGUGACUGGCAAAAGGCUUUGCGGUGUCGGCCUGCCCCAGGAUCCCGUUUUGCAAAUGCCCUUAUGCACGACAACAACCAAAAAGGCUACGACAAGGGCCACAACGAAGACAACGAAGAAGCCGACCACAAAGACCCCAGCUCUACCGUGCUUCACUCAUUAUGCCUCAUCCACAAAAUAUGCGAAUUGUGCCGCUGUUGGUGCUGGCUUCAAAGCUGUUGGUGGAUCGUGUUACAAGGCAAUUUAUGUGAAUGCCGAUUAUGCUGGAGCAAGAGCCAAAUGUAAGGCUGCUCAUGUGGAUGCGGACUUGGCCACGAUUCGAUGUGAUGCGGAGAACACGGGAGCUUCUGGUGUUGUGUCGGCUGCUCUGAAGACUCAAUGUUUAUCGUUUGGAGAGUUCUUCCACAGUCAACUGUUGUUGGGAAUCAAUAAUGUGACAAGAACUAGUGGAAUUUCCUGGACGAAUGGAGCCAAUACGACUUAUCGCAACUGGGCCCCAGGAGAGCCAAACGGAAGUCCGGUCGAUGCAGUCAGCAGUGCAACGCUCUACAUUGCGUCAACAAAUCCAGCUGGUGGAGUGACGUAUCCACUGGGAAAAUGGGAAAACACGCCACCAGAUUGGGUGGUUUGUGCUGCUCUCUGUGAAGUGAUCACGGCAAAGACGGGAACUGGUUGUGGAUUGCGGCCGUGUACCGCGGCGACAAAAACGACAACCACAAAGAAAACGACAACAACCACAACUACGACCACAACGACACCAGCGCUACCAUGUGUCACAACUUCGGUACCCACCACAACCUAUGCCGAUUGUGCAGCUGUUGGUGGUGGCUUCAUUGAUCAAAUGUUAUUGGGAAUUAACAAUGUGACAACGACGAGUGGGGUUGCCUGGUCAAAUGGUGCCAACUCGACUUAUCGAAACUGGGCCCCAGGAGAGCCAAACGGAAACAGUCCAGCAGAAACAGAUGCAGCCAGCAGUGCAACGUUCUACAUUGCGUCCACAGAUCCAGCUGGUGGCACGUAUCCGCUGGGACAAUGGGAAAACAUGCUACCAACUUGGGUGGUUUGUGCGACUCUCUGUGAAGUGAUCACGGCAAAAACCGGAAAUGGUUGUGGCUUCUCACCGUGCCAGAAUGGUCCG